UGGCAUAGCCUGUUAAACAAAUAGGAGGAUCCACAUGAAAACAUGACGUUUCAUUGUCAAUGAGAGGACACUCCAAUCACACACAUCCCCAUGUGAACUUGCAUCUACUUUUCAGAACAUCAACGGAUUUUUAAAAGAAUAUCCUAAUGGCUUCGAAAAUGUCUUCACACCUUACGUGUCCAGUGUGUCUGUGCCUCUUCAACGAUCCAACAGUUUUGCCAUGCGAGCAUACGUUCUGCCGCCUGUGUAUUUUGAGUUGUUUGGAAUCAGGUGCUACCAGAUGCCCGGAAUGCAGACAAAACUUUACAAAACAGGACCUGAAAGGAAACCGAGCUCUGAGAAACCUUGUGGAUGAUGUACAGCAAGAACAAAAGAAGAAUGAAGUGAAGAAACAGCAACAUAAUGCAAAGAAUACGCAUGCGGUGCUGUGCUCUGAGCACGAGGAACCGCUCAAACUGUUCUGUGAGGAUGAUCAGAAAUUGGUUUGCCUCAUUUGCAGAGAGGGAGAAAAACACAGUGGACACAGUUUCAAGCCUGUUAAAGAGGCUGUGGCGGCCUAUGAGAAUGUGGCGAUACAAGCAUUGAGCUUCAUUCACGAUGAAAACAAACAAGUGGGUGAAAUGAUCUUUUAUCAGAUGAAUGAAAUCACAAAAUCCAAGGAAAGAGGCAACAAUCUUGAGGAAAGAAUACAUGCGCAGUUUAAGAAAAUGCAUGACUUCUUGAGGGAAAAGGAGGAAAUAAUGAUAAAGCUACUACAGAGAGAAUCAGACAGUGCAGAGGUCACAAUGAAGCAAAACGCAUCACUCCUGGGAGACUUGCAAAUAAAUGGAAACCAAGUGAUGUCUUGUUUGGAGUCAGGACUAAAGUGUACCCAACCUGAGACGUUUUUACAGUGGUGGAGUGAAGAAGGUUCCGAUGUUGUCAAAAACAUCACUGCCACCGACAACAAAGACAUCACACCUUUCUUCCAGGCCCAAUUUAGGUCAAGACUUUAUGGUAAUCAUGUGAUUUCUGACCACUUCACUAUUGGCCCUUAUGAAAGUUAUCUGCCAAUGAUUGUUUGCAGAGACAUGCUAGAUUCAGUUAAACAAGACCUGAAUACAUCUAUAAUACACGAAGACAUGAAACUGUCUAUCAGAAAAGACAGCCACCCGCAGCUAGACGGGCAGGAGUACUUUGCAAGAGUUCUGCCGUUUUACAAUGGUAAUAGAAACAGUAAUGUGGAAGACAAGCAAACUUGGUUGUACUGGGAAGUUGCCAUAGGAACCGAACCAGGAUGGGAAAACGGGCUUACAGUAAAAUACUAUCCAAAGCAGAAGCAUGCCACUUUCUUGAAGACUUUUUCACUAGUAGUAACCCCUAAAAGCUUUGAGAAAUUAGCUCUUUUAGUAAAACAUAACAGACUAUAUGCUGUAAGAGGUGAUGAAGAAACCUUACUUGUCAACCAGGUUGUUCCUAGAAGAGUUGGAGUUUAUAUAGACUGUGAGAAAUGUCAGGUCGUGUAUUGCAAUGCAGACAAUAUGUCUCUCAUUCACACAAUGUGGUGUGGAAAUAAAUGAUGGAUAUAUAAAUACAACUAUACAAACGCUGGGUUUCUUUAAACCCAUGGCCAGGUCAAAAUGGCACAAACCCAUAUGCUUGGAUGUUUUAGCCUAAAAUUCUGGGUUGUUUUACCCAAGGUUGAAUCAAAUAUAAACAGUUGCGUUUGUCCUUUUUGACCCACCUAUGAGUUAAAAAUAUAGGGUUAAUGCUAAUCUAUCGUUGGUUUUGAAAUGUGAUUAGUGCCUAGUAUAUUAUUAGUAAUAUAUUUAUAAAAAUAAAUGUAUGAAUAAAGCACAUUUAAAAUCAGUUUUGGGUUAAGGGGUAGAAGUUACGCAUUGAGUUUUGCAUUUUUAGUGUUUGGUUCUGUUUCUCAAAUUUGGUGGGUAUAUAAUUAAAUAAUUUUUAUGUUAA